AAAAAUUUCACCGAUAGAUGCCCUUCCUGUUAGUUAACUGAACGAACAUAUUGUGCGUGUAGUCGGUGUGACAUGGCUGCUACUACUAAUACAGAAGAUAUUGAGGAAGUGGAACGGAAGGAACAAGAAGUUACGAAUUUCGAUGAGUUUCCACCUGAAGUUCUAAUCAAACAUCCAUUGCAACAUACAUGGACACUAUGGUAUUAUGAACAGGACAAGAACAAAUCAUGGGAGGAGAGUCAGAGAAAAAUUACAAGUUUUGAUACAGCUGAAGAUUUUUGGAGUUUAUACAAUCACAUAAAAGCUGCAUCAGAAUUAAGACAAGGAUGUGACUAUAGUUUAUUCAAGCAAGGGAUCAGACCUAUGUGGGAAGACGAUGCUAAUAAAGCUGGUGGAAGGUGGCUUAUAAACUUAGAUAAAAAGCAGAGAUCUUCAGAUUUAGACCACUUUUGGUUAGAAACACUUUUAUGUAUGAUUGGUGAGGCCUUUAAUGGAUACUCUGACGAUGUUUGUGGAGCAGUAGUAAACAUAAGGACAAAAGGAGAUAAAAUCGGUGUAUGGACAGCAAAUGCCAAUAGCGAAGACAGCGUCCUGGAAAUUGGGCGCAAAUUGAGAGAGAGAUUAAAAAUCACAUCAAAAGUAUCUAUAGGAUAUCAAAUACAUAAAGAUAUUAUGGUCAAAGUAGGAAGUCAAACAAAAAAUGCCUAUAUUAUCUAAAUACUAUUGAUGUUAUAUUAAUAUCACAUUAAUAUCCAUUAUUCAUUAAAAAGUGUCAAGCUGGGCUGAAAAUACAUUAAUCAUACAGACAUACAAAAUUUAAACGGAUUAUCACUGGAGACAUUUAAAUGAAAAUUCAGUGUACAAUUUCUAAGAAACUACAUUUUCAUUGUAGCUAGAUAUUUUCUUAAUGAAAUUAAAAAAACGAACACCAAUAAAUAUGCGCUAACCAGAUGUAUAUUGUACUAAAAUUUACCGUGAUGUCAUAUGUAAUUUAGGAUUAGAUUAUGAAAGAUACGCACGGGCUGCUGUAUUUUUCAAGGAAUAUAAAUUAUAUGAUUAUAUGAAAUAAUUAACAUAUAUGUAUAUAUCUUUUUACUUUUAGUUACCUUUAAUAAAUUUCACCCUAAAUGUUAAUUCAUAUAAGUGAACAUUUUUUUAAUAAACUUGUUAGAAUUUAA